AUGGGGUCUGAUUUGGAGAAAGAGGAGGUUGAGACUUGGAAGGCAUUGAUUCCAAACCGAGAGGAUGUCGAGACUGUGUAUAACAUGUACAAGUUUGAGCAAUACAAACCCGAUCCCACUGCAGACCCUAUUUUUGGACAGCUUACACAUAAUGGAAUUUUCCAGAUGCGCCAUAGGAAAAUAUAUAUGGACGAGGAGCAGUUCAUCACUCCUGAGAACUACAACAACGUGGACAUAUUAGUCCGCUCCACUUGUCGAGAUCGAACUCUUCACAGUGUUCAAUCUCUUCUUUCCGGUUUCUUCCCAAUUACAGAGUUCAAGGACACAUACCCGAUUAUCCAAAUCGAGCCGGACGGAAUUUGCUGCUUAAACCGAGAAGAUCCAGAGUCCCAGAACAACUACAAUCGACGAUUGGGGAUGUACGAUUGGCAGGAGCACGAGGAGAGAAUGAUGCGAAAGUACGGAGAUAUCGUCACGACUCACAUUCCCUUCUUCCGAAACCAGAAACACAUUCGCUGGCCCGAUGUGAUGGACUUUGUGAUCACUCGCUACAACCAUUUGAUGGAUAUUCCGGAGGAAGUGUAUACGAUUUUCCCGGAAGUGUACAAGCAUAACAUGAACAAAUUCCGGAUCUUGUACAAUACGCCGAAAUGUUUGCAUAGCUUCUGCGAUGCUCUGCUUGAGAUGAUUAAGAAGGAAGUGGACGAUGUGAUGAGUGGAGCGGUGCAACGGAAAAUGUCGAUCUAUAGCGGCCAUGAUACGACACUAAUGCCCCUGCUGAAUGUCUUAGCGCCUUUCCUUCCUGUGGAAGUGCCCAAGUACGGCUCUCAGAUUUGUUUGGAGUACUGGGAGAACGAGUUUGAUCAGAGUAUUGAUGUGGCUAUGCGGUUCAAUGGGUACUACCAACCGAUCUUUAUCGAGCACUAUGUGGAAUCGCUUAUCGUGCCUUAUCCGGAGUUCUGCAAGACAUUAACGAUUCCGAAGUAUUUACUGGAGGUGAUGCGCGACAAGAACAAGCUGGCAGUUUUAGAAGAUGAGUAA